ACCCAAGCCUCGUCGGAAGCCCAACAAUGGGGCAAGCCCUAGAGUCCAGUUAGGACGGAAUACCAAUUCUCUUCCCAAAAUUUUCUCAGGAAACAACCAGAGAGUUGCUCAGAAAGACAAAACGAGAAUCCCCCAAGGGAGGUUUGCGCAAGACAAGAAGGCAGCACAAAAGUAUAACAAUCAAACCAAAAACCAACAAUAAGAACAAGGAGCAACCUUAGAACAAGCGAAAAGUGUUUGGGCAAUCAAUGGCGGAUAACAAAAGCAGCGUCGUCCCGCCGCAGUACGAUGUUAACGCCAAAUGGGAUGCCUGCUUGGAUCUCUCCGUCCGCCGCUUCGUCUAUUCCUCCCUCGCCGGCGCAUUCGGCGGUCUCCUUCUCUUCCGGAGUCCUGUGACUCGCUGGGCAUCUGUAGCUUUUGGCGCUGGCCUGGGCUUAGGAUCUGCAUACACAGAAUGCUCUCAAUUAUUUGGCGGAUCUCCUGCAAAGUUGGCUGUUCCCCAGGUUUCCGAAACUCCUGCUAGUCAGGAUGGGCAGGACUGAGAAUAUAUGCUUCUUGAAACCGCUGUUGGCUUCUCUCCUACUAUGACUUUGAGCAUGUAUUAGAAAAAAUUGUUUUUGAUGGAUGAAUUGUUGACCUUGUUUACUUCGUACUUGGUUUGAGUUCAUUCACCUUUUUGUUCUGUAAGAUUACAAGAGCAGCAGGGGAAAGAAAAAAAAAAUAAUUGUUUUCAUUGCGACUUUGGAUCUUCUAUCUGCAAAUUAUUGGAGUUAAUAACACAAAGCAAAAUUGAACUAA